CCCUGCCUCUUCUCGUGUGGCAGUGCAGUGUUUCUCUCUCUUUUUUUUUUUUUUUUUUUUUGUGUGUUGAAGAUCAAACCAGCAUCAUGGGUCGCAAGGGCAAGUCUAUGUUCACCCAGGAGGAGCUUGAGCUCAUGAACACCCAGAAGUACACGACCCCCUCUGCCGUGUACAUGACCUGGGCUGCCAUCUCCAGCACUCUUCCUGCCCUGCUUUUCAGCACGGUCAUGGUCAUGAACCCUGUUGACAACAUUAUCGUCUUUGUUGCAUUUGCUGCCGUGGCGGCCGCUGCGCUCUUCUUUGCCUACCAGAACACCUCGCGCAAGAUUCGUGACGGACUUGCGGCCAAGCACAGUGAGGAGGUCCGCGCGAUGGUCACUGAAAACUACAAGUCCAUGGACAAGAAGCAGAAGGAGGGUGUCCACCUCGACUCACUCGUUGUGGAGAAGCAGAGUGAGCUCUCGGAGAAGGAAUCCUGCUUCCUCUCCCUCUCCUAUAACAAUGCCCUCUUUGCUUUCCUCCUGGUGGUGUUCUCCUUUUACGUCUUCCGCAGCCUCAGCGGCCAGUGGAACUAUGGCCUCUCCGUCACUUCCACCUCCAUCCUGGUGGCCCUCUUCAGCACGGGCUCCAAGGCGUAAAUGCCUUCAUUAUCCAGCCUGCACCCUUCCCGCUGGGCAUGCACGGUAGUCGUGCUCUUUGCAUCCUGACAACUCUCAUGGCUAGCACGGGGCUGUUCACCGCACGCCCCUGUGGCCGCCGCUGAGUUUCUUCAUCAUGUUUAUCGUUCUUGGACAAACAUUAAAAAAUCCGUUGCCGAAAAAAAUUCAGAUCUUCAAUUUUA